AUGGGCUCUGAAUCUCAAUCUUCAUCUCCCUCACUAGACCUUCUCCAGGAACAAAUCCCAGUUAAACAACAACCUCUUGUUCUUUCCAACAACUUCAAAACCGGUCUCGUCCUCGUUGAUAUUAUUAACGGUUUCUGCACCGUUGGAUCGGGCAAUUUGGCGCCGAAACAACAUGACAAACAAGUUACUAAAAUGGUAGAAGAAUCUGUGAGGUUGUCCAAAGUUUUUGCUGACAAGAAUUGGCCAAUUUUUGCUUAUCUUGAUUCUCAUCACCCUCAUAUUCCGGAGCCUCCUUAUCCUCCUCACUGUCUUGUUGGAUCCGACGAAACUAAAUUUGUUCCUGAACUCCUGUGGUUGGAAAAUGAGCCAAAUGCAACACUCAGGCGCAAAGACUGUAUUGAUGGAUUCAUUGGUUCAUAUGAGAAAGAUGGCUCUAAUGUCUUUAUUGAUUGGGUGAAAAGUAAUCAGAUAAAACAAGUUUUAGUUUGUGGGAUAUGCACUGAUAUAUGUGUGCUGGAUUUUACCUGUUCGGUUUUGUCUGCGAGAAACCGCGGUUUCCUUUCUCCUCUGGAAAAUGUGAUUGUGGCCUCACAAGCUUGUACUACUUAUGAUCUUCCACCACAUGUAGCCAAAACUGGCAAAGACCUGGUAUCCCAUCCACAGGCACUAAUGCAUCAUGUCGGCCUUUACAUAGCAUGGGGAAGGGGAGCUCAGAUAGUAUCAGAUGUGUCAUUUGAAUAG